UACUAACAUUUUUACUCUCAAUUCUCUCAGAUAUGUGGUCUGACAUGGCGGUGCAAAAAAAAUGUGGAGAGAAUUCGAAAAUAUAUUUAAUCAAAAUUAUAGUUAAAAUUUUGAAUUGAAAUUUGAAUUUUUGAUAUGUUGUUCAGAAAAAUCCAAAUUCCAUGUAAGUAUAAAAAUUUUUAGGUUUUAGUCAACUUUUCGUAUAGAAAACUCGAAAUGAAGAUAAGCAAAAAUCAUAAUUUUUCUAAAAAAACAACAAAAAAAAAAUGGUUCUUCAGAAAUGUCAUUUCGACAAAAAUACAUAUACAAUUUUCACAAAAAAUGCAGAGUCCAGGUCUUGAUCUUUUGUAAUGUCAAGAUUAUAGCAUAAUUUUAAAACUUACAUGUCAGUACAUAAGGUAUGGUAAUGCUUGAGAAACCUGUUGAUCAACUUUGACAACCCAACCGAAAAGAUUUCAAUCGCAAAUAGAAAACAUUAAGAUUGAAGAACUAGGAAAGGAGAAGCAACUCGUUUAAGUUAUUUUUGGUGUUACGUUUCAUAUAAAGUUAUUAAAAAAAGAAAAGUGUAAUUUCAUAUUUUAUGUUCAUAUGUACACAUAUGCAUAAUAAAGAUUGUAUAUUUUAAUUUGUGUGAUCGUUUUGUGUAUAAUUUCAAAAUUGCAAGAUCAAAAAGAAUGAGCUCAUCAAUUCCACUGAAUUCACAAAAGUCAACAGCCGAAACAGCUACUGUUGUCAGUAAAAGCGAGAUAUAUUUGUAUGAUAUGCCUGCUAUUGAGCGACAUAGAUUAUGUUCAAUAUUGGAUGAGUCUGAUGUAUGGCAAACACUAGCUGUUCAAUAUAUGGGCUAUGGAAAUGCGGACUUACUUAUAGCCAAACGAUUAGCUCAAGCAGGAAACUCACCAUCAGAUGAAUUACUGAAUAUGUGGGGUGAACAUAAUCAUACAAUAACAGAACUAUAUAUUUUAUUGUACAGAAUGAAACAUCAUGCGGCCAUGAAUUCAAUACGCAAUCUUGUAGAAAAAAAAUAUCAAGAUUUAAUACCAUCGUCAUAUUUCGAACAACUAACAUCUGAACAACCAGAUUGGAAGCAAAUACUACCAAAUAGCGAUGAUAAAAAACAAUGGCAGAACCAAGUUUCAAACUCUAAUAAUGAAUCAGAAAUAACCAGUACAACAGGUAAUUCCGCAAGCAUAUAUGGUGCAGAAAAUUUCAUAAAACAAAGAGACGUUAGUAGAUAUGCUGGUGCAAUACCACAAAUUAAUUAUUUUGAACUAUCCGACGCCACAGGAGGCUGGGAUGAUAGAUGCAUAUUGGGUAAAGGGGGUUUUGGUACUGUAUAUAAAGGUAAUUGGAAAUUAACACCAGUUGCUAUUAAGCGUAUACAGUAUAAUGACAGACAUAGCAAUCAGACAGCUAUUAAUAAAAUACAAAUUGAACAAAGUUUAAAUGAAAUGAAACAUUUAAAUUCAUAUAGACAUGACAAUAUUUUAACGUUGUAUGGUUACUGUAUUACAAAUAAUGAACAAUGUCUCGUAUAUCAGCUAAUGGCAGGAGGUUCGUUAGAACAAAGACUAAACCCCUUUAGUAAAUAUCCGCCGUUAUCUUGGAAGCAAAGACUAAAUAUUGCCCAAGGAACGGCAAGAGGUUUGCAAUUUUUACAUACUUUACAUGAAAAGCCUUUGAUUCAUGGAGAUAUAAAACCAGCGAAUAUUCUUUUAGAUCCUUGUUGCAUUCCAAAGAUAGGCGAUUUUGGUUUAGCCAGAGAAGGUCCAAAUGCACUAAAUUCAUCCAUCGAGGUAUCAAAAGUAUAUGGUACCAAGCCGUAUUUGCCAUUGGAAUUUCUGACUGCACGUUCAUUAAGCACUAAAAUUGAUGUAUAUAGUUUUGGAGUUGUAUUACUGGAGUUAUCUUCUGGGUUAAGAGCUUAUGAUAAAAAACGGGUGCAUAAAUUCUUGACGAAGCAUAUUUUAACAAAACUAUUAGAAAAUGAGCCUAUUCAAGCAUUCAUGGACAACAACUUGCCAUUUGACAGCAAUGGUAUCAACGUAUCCAAAGCUUUCAUUGGCUUGGGGCAAAAUUGUAUAGCCGAAAAACCUGAAAAUAGGCCAGAGAUGGUCACCGUGUUGGAACAUCUUUUGGGAGUAUGUGUUACUGAGCAUUAAACUAUAAUAACCUUAGUGGUAUUUUGAUAAUUUUUAAUAUUUUACAUUCCAUUAUAUUGAAUUACGACUUUAUUUUGUAUGUAUAAAUCAAAAUCACAAAAAUAUUUGGCA